AUGGUCUUCGCUCUUGAUACAGCCACAGAAGCCGAUGCUCCUCGCAUCGCCGAUAUUCACAUGGCGGCAUUUCACACCAACGGCAUGCUGCUGGCCCAGUUUCCCACGCCGGCCGUGCGAAAGGGUCUAUGGACGUCGCUCGUCGACAAAGUCGUCAAGGAGAUUCGAGAUCCGCAAUGGGAGGUACUAGUAGCUAGAGAGGCUGAUGAUCGAGUUGUCAGCUUUGCCAAAUGGUGUCUUCCCCUUUCUGAGUCGACGGUAUAUGAGGAAGAGCCAUGGGUAUGGCCCGAGGGCACCAAUAUGGCUAUUUUGAACGCUUGGGUAAAGAAGGUCGAGCAGGCAGCGAAGGAAAUAAUGGGGAAAACACCAUGUUAUCGCCUCAGCUUUAUUGCGACGGACCCAUCUUAUGCCCUGCGCGGAGCAGGGUCCCUGUUGGUCAACUGGGGAAUUGAGCGUAGCAAGGAAGAGAACAUUCCUAUUGCCUUGGAAAGCACGCUGGAUGCUGUACCAUUCUACCAGAGAUUGGGGUUUCAAACAGAGGCGCGUAUUUCCAUGCCCCUGGAAGGCAUCGGAAAGGAUGUCCUUGCUGAGAUGCCAUGGAAUGUGGUCAUGGUCUGGGAGAAUGGGAACCAGGUCAUAUCGUCGUUGAAAAACGUGACAGCGCAUAUCCAGGUAUCGCCGCGUCGACGGCACAGAGCCUGGCUACAUCCUCAGCACAAACGGGCACCGCAACGUGCUGUACCCCCCCAGGUUCAAGUUCCAUAUGGUCGCUUGGAAAUGAACACCAUCCCAGGCUUUGAACAAUUUGGGCUGAAUGACCAAGAAGAGUACACUGGCCACACAUUUCUUUCCCACACACUGCCGGGUAGGGAGCGUCUUGCCCAACUCCUCGACCAGUCUUGA